AUUGUAGUUUCCCAUCUGCAACAGCUAAAGUCGUAGAGUUAAAAUGAAGUAUUUUAUUUGUGUCGCUGUCGCCAUUUUGGCCGUAUCUUGUGCCGAAGGUGGUUUAUUAGCCGGUCCAACUAUUUUAUCAGCACCUAUUGGCCCAAUAGCUAAAGUUGGAAUCGUGUCUCCUGUUCCAGCAGCUGUGUCAAUUGGAUCCCCAUUAGGAAUUUCUCCUCUAGGAUUAGGUGGUCCACUACGACUCGCUUCUCCAAUUGGUUUAGGAGCUGUGAGAAUAGCUAGUCCUAUUGGUGUUCCAGCUAUUGGUAUUCCAAGUGUUGGCGUUCCUAUUGGACUUGGAAAAGUGUGGUGAUUAUUAAAAAUGUAUUUAUUGUUCUAUUCGAUUUUACCAUAAAAUAAACACAUUUUAAGU